CGUUCUACUUCUACGACUGCGAUAUGACUACAUACAACGUCUCAUGCUUUCCUGAUUCACUCGCGCGAAGUCUGUUCGCGGCAAUGUUGCGUUGCAUCGCCAGCCCUAAGGCUUUUGACAAUGUUACACGGCGUAUAUAGGAGCAUACAACACGCCCAGCAUGAUGCGCUCGGGCCACGGAUUCAGCUCGCUCGUGGCAAGAAGCGUGCUCCUUUUCUUGCUCCUGCUCGUCUGCCCUGGCGGUGGUCCGACGCAUGUCAGCGCGCAGAGAAAGAUACCAUGGUCGCUCAUCAGGAAUGCCAACUGGACGCAAAUGCUGUCUCAGCCCUCCGUGUUCGUGUCACGGGCGGUGCUGCGCAUCCGCAGCCGCAACCAGGCCAAACAGCAGGGCGAGGGGGAGGGGCAGGAGCAGGGGCAGGGGCAGCUGCAGCAGCAGCCGGCGCCGCAGUGCGCUCGCUAUGUGGGGUUGCAGUACCUGCAGGCCAUCCGGGAAAGCCGCGUGGCGCUGUGCGUGCCGCCCAGCCAACAGGGGCAAGCAGGGGGAGGAGGUGACGGCGGCCGCCGCCGCAGCCUCGAUUUCCGCAGCAGCCGCAGCGGCCGCAGCAGCCUUGGCGACGGGGGCUUUGGGGAGCAGGCCUUGUGGGGAGGGCAAGGGGAAGGGGUGUCUGGGGCUGAGGACUGGCACCCCCUCCAUAGCCAUAGCCUUAGCCAUAGCCGUAGUCAAAGCCAAAGCCACAGCCACAGCCAUGGGCUCAGACACCUGUCGGAGGCGGCUGGCAAGGGCAAAGACGAGGCGGAGCCGGAGGAGCCGGAGGCAAGGGGGCGGGCGGGCGCAGCAGCUGCACUGCCGGCGGCCGAAGGCGGCAGCCGCACCAAGCGGCGGCGGCGGCGGCUAGAGAAGCGCGGCGGCAGCGGCGGCGGCGCUGACGGCGACGACGACGUCGGCGGGCCGCUGCCCGCCACCGAGUCCUCCGUCGACUGCUACACCGCGCCCUUCGUGCGCGCCGGAGACUCCGCGAAGGCCACCGUGUCGCUGUGCCGCAGCCGCAACCUGCUGCUGAACAGCUGCGAGCUCUUCGCCUUCCGGCGCCCCGGCACGCUCAGCAAGAAGUUUCCGGCUCCGGCGGCUGGCGCGGUGCGACUGGCGUGCGAGAUGCGGGACGGCGGCGCGAUGGCGGCGGAGGACCCGGGGGCGCUGGGCUUCCUGAGGUCCAUGAACUCGGCUGUGUGGUGGGCCAAUGCCACACGGGACGACGCGGCUGUGGCUGCCGCCUGUGCGCCCGGGUCCCCCACCCUGGUGACCACGCCCACGCUGUUCGUGCUGCGCGACCGCCACUCCAACUACGCCCACGAAAUGGAGGUUGUGUCCAUGGCCUUCAGCUUCCUGGCAGCUCUGGAGCCCCGCGACGUGGCGGAGCAGGGCGUGCAGGUGGUCAUCACGGACCAGGCCCCGCCCACCGGCUUCCUGGAGACCUGGGCCCGCAUCAGCCGCCCGCACCGGCUGCGCGUGCUGGCGCAGGACCCCUUCCCGCCCGGCACCUGCUUCGCCUCCGCCUUCCACGUCUACACCUUUGCCGCCGGCAUCGGCUACAACACCAACGCCGACACGGUGCGCUGCGAGAGCCCGGUGGUGGCGGGCCUCAGCGGCUGGCUGCGGCAGAUGUACGGCCAGGCCGACCCAAACACCGCGCCGCCGGCGGCGGAGGCGGCUGGAGGCGGCGGCGGUGGCGGCGGCGGCGGAGGCUCAGUGGCGGGCGCCGCCGCCAUUGCGGGCCCGGCGACGGCGGCGGCGGGCGUGCGUGGGCUGCGGCCGCCGGCGGGGGGCAUUGUGCUGAAGAACGUGGUGUGGCUCAGCCGCCGCAAUCUGGAGACUGUGCGGCUGCUGCUGAACGCCAGCGCGGGCUGGAAGAGCAUGCGCAUGGUGCGCAACGAGGACGCGGUGGUGGCGGGCCUGGUGGCGGCGGUGCAGCAGUGGAACGCACAGAGCUGCCUGCUGCGCCGAUUCGACCGCGCGGUCAAGGCGGAGUACGAGCGCUCGUUUGUACGGAUGCACGGCGUGCACGCCGCCGCGGUGGCGGGUCCCACCACCACCUCCUCCAGGGAGCAGGAGGCGGCGACGGCAGGCGGCGGCGGCGGAGGAGCAGGAGGAGGAGGAGCAGUCGGAGAAGGAGGAGGAGGAGGAGGAGGGGCAGGGGCGGCUGCCGCAGGCAGGGAAGGCGGCGGCAGGCGCAGCAGUCGCCGGCGAGGGCUGCUGCGGCGGCUGCUGGCGGCUGUGAAAGGUGGAGCGGAGGAGAAGGAGGAGGAGGCAGACGAGGAGGAGGAGGCGGAGGCAGGGGUGGGGAUGGACGAGGAAGGGGUGAAGGAGGCAGCUGAGGUGGAGGGAGCGGGGCAGGCUGCCGCGGCUUCGGUGGGCGGCAACGUCGGUCGCGGCGCUAAGGGGAGAGCGGGGCAGCAGCAGCAGCAGCAGCAGCACCAACACCAGCAGCAGCAGCAGCUGUCGUCAGGAAAGGAGCUGAAAAAGAGCUCCAAGAGUAAUAAAAAGAAGCGGAUCAACAAGUCGGGCCGCCUCUCGGCCGAGGACUUGGCAGAGCUGGAGCGGAUGAUUGCGGAGGAGGAGGGGCGCGAUGAGGAGGAAGACGAAGAGGCGCUGGCCGGGAUCCGGCAGCGGGAUGAGCUCUUGGACUUCCUGGCGGGCGUGACCGCCGCUGAUGGCAGUAGCAUCGGCAGUAGCGGCGGCAGCAGCAGCGGCAGUAGCCGCCGCCGCCGCCGGCUGCAUGCUCACGUGGCUCAGGCGACGGGCGAGGGCGGCGGCGAGGAAGACGAGGAGGAGGAGGAAGAGGAGGACGGCAACGGCGGCGGCGGCGUAGCCGCCGCCGCCACCGCUGCCAGCACCGCUACCACUGCCGCCGCCGGCGGCGCUGCCGCCGCCAACGCCACGAUCUCGCCGAAAGCGAAACCCCAGCGGCCGUCGUACAUGAUUGGAUCCAGCAUUGUGGACCUGGAGAAGCUGUGGGCUCUGGACGAGGAGUCGGGCGAGAGCUGCCGCCGCACCAAUGUGCUGUUCAAGUUCGUGGAUGGCGACUUCAAUGAGCUCACCUACCACCAGCAGCUGCAGGUCAUCUUCCGCACGGGCGUGCUUGCGGGUGUGCACGGCGCGGGCCUCACACACGGCUACUUCCUGGCACCCGGGCAGAGCGCGGUGCUGCAGCUGCUGGGAGACUCGUUCAAGGAGGUGUCCGCCAACAACGUGUUCCGCAACAUGGCGGCCUCCUGCGGCAACCACUACGCCGACGUGCUGUACCGCGGCGUGGACGUGGACGUGCCGCAGCUGCAGGCGGCGGCCAGGAGCGCCAUGGACUUUGUGGCGGGCGCGGUGAUGGAGGCGCAGGAGCGGCGCAGCGGGCCGCUGCGGCUGGUGCUGGACGACCAGACCCACUUCAACGUGGUCAGCCCGCCGCUGGAGACCUGCCCCGCCGCGGCGCAGGGCAACACCGGGCGAUGAGCUGGGCUGGGGAUGGGAUGGGGAUGGGAUGGGAUGGGAUGGGGUGGGGUGGGGAUGGGGCUGGGGUGGGGUGGGGUGGGAUGGGGUGGUGAGUGGGGUGCUGGGUUGGGGUGCUGGGUGGGUGAGCCGUGUGGUGUGUCGUGGUGAGUUGAGCUGGCAUGUGUAUGAGGUGGGCUGGGCUGGGUUGGUGGCGGUAUCGGUUGAUGGCGCAGAGGGGCUAGCGACGGGUGUGGGGUGAAGGUGGGUUGUAGAUAGCGGCCAGCCCAAACUAAAAUGAUUAAAUGAACUCAACGCAAAAGUGGGGGUGGGGGUGGGGAUGAAGGUGGCAAGCCAGGUAUGCCACCCCGUGCGGCCAUAUGGCGCUUUGGGCGGCCUUCGUGUGCGUUGCCGCACACACUGCAGCAGCAGCAGGAGCGGCGGUACUGCCGUGCUGCAGGUAUGGCGAUACCGUUUUGCAAUGGGCAUGCUGGCAGGAUUCUUUUUCCUGGGAAGUCGGCGCUUUUGGAGGCGAGCGAGCUUCGUAGCUGUGUGUCGCGCGGGCGCAAAUCAGUUCUGUUGUGCAUGUGUGAAGGCGCUCCGCCGCGUGCGUUCUUUUUUCCUUGUGGCUGCUGGAUGACGCAUGCAUGCCGCGUGUGCACGCGUGCGGGAGCUCAAGCACUUGGCACGUUUUCGGAUUCAUUGCAACGGUAUUCCUUUUUGGGGGGCCCUCAUCCGGUAACGGGGCGUGGUCGCGUGGCCAGCAUUUGCGGGUUGUUACUGUUAGGGCGUGGGUGUGGGUGCUGUGAGUGCCGCUGUUAGGCAGAGGGAGAGGCUGUGUGAGAGCGAGCCGACUCCCCUGGCCUUCGGGCCGCAAAAGGACGGGUGGGGUUGUAAACACCAGCCCAA